UAUAACAAAAAGUGAAAUAGAAAUGAGCGAUUUUCACACUCUCUUUUUUCUCCACCCCCCUGAAACCCGGGGGGGGGGAGGCAAAUGGGGGGACCAUUAAUACUUCUAGAAUAAUUUUAAUUUGUGGCAUCUGUCAAACAAUCAAUGCAACGGAUUGUUUCGAAAGUUAUUGGAAGUAAUACCAGGGGAUUUGCUUUGGUGAGUAUUGUCCUAUAUUUUGAAUAAAAUAUUCUCACUUUCAGUUUAAUUUCGCUUUCGAGUUUGAGUUCAUUGUUUUUUUAAACGAUCUGUUUCGUAUCAAGUAUUUGAUAUAUUUCGACAAGUUUUUGCUGGGUAUCGUCUUCGUAAUUGGCAUUUUAAUAGGAACUUCACUUCCGUAAGGUGUUUUAUAUGAAAUUUAUUUUAUUGAGGGGCUUUGUAUUUUGGAAUUAUUUGUACAUUUAUACUGACCUUCAUAUUUUUUAUAUUUUGUAUAUUAAACUAUCAUUAAAGUAUCAAUCUGUUUGACAGCUGGGAUUUAAUUUUUACUUUGUAACUUAGAGCUGCGUUCAGUUGCCACGUUGCCACAUAUUAUAAAUGUCAAAAUGAGCAAACUCUUUAUUUGGAAUUAUUACUAUAUACAUUGAUCAUGUGUAGAUGUUCAUUUAGCUUUUCAAGGGGUAUUUUAAAUUAAUCCAUGCUAAAAACUAAGGCCUUGGAACUGGUUUCAUAUCCUCAAACAAAUAGGGUCAGUUAGGACAUUUACAUUUGACAUUCGUCAGCAUGCUAUGCCACCAUUGGGUCGUGAGUGUGAUCAGUUGGCAUUUGCCACAACCCAUAAACAUUUCAAGAAGCGAUGAUUGAGGCAACAGAUUCCAUGUAGCCACAACAAAAAAAUAUGGUCGGUGGGUAGGCCAACAACCCAACCACAUCCCAAUAAACAACAUUAGGGUCAGCAGAAAAGAACUUAAGAGGCUUGGCCAGCACAUGUGGAGUCGAUCUUUACACACGUAAAAACGCACAAGUUGUUACAAAUCUGUUCACAAGCUGUCGACAAGUUGUGUUCGCACUGCUUGUUCCCAGUUGUUGUAACAAGUUUGGGACAAGCUGUUAACAACUUGUGACAAGCUUGGUGGCAUUAUCAGACUUGUUACAAGGUUGUUCUAACAAGUCUGAUACAGUCAUGAUAACAACUUGUGACAAUUAAGCUUGGUGGCAUUAUCAGACUUGUUACAAGGUUGUUCUAACAAGUCUGAUACAGUCAUGAUAUAACAAGAAUGUUACAAUGUUGACGACACAAGGUUGUAGCAAUACUGCUAUAUCAUAACUGUAUCGGACUUGUUGGAACAACCUUGCAACAAGUCUGACAUUAUCAACAAGGUUGUUACAAGUUGUUAACUGCUUGUUCCAAACCUGUUGACAACUUGGGACAAGCAGUGUGAACACAACUUGUUGACGGCUUGUUGGCAGGCUAAUGCUACAAAAUGUGAGAUUUUUGCAUGUGUGGGGAGAACAGUUGAGAAGUUAUAGAGGUAGAUCUGGUAGAAAUUAACACUUAGUUUAGUUUAUGUUUCCUCCUAUCGUAACACUGGAUCAAUAAGAGAUGAUCCUCACUGAACCUCUAGGAAGAACAGUUUAGAACUGAUAGAGCUAUCCAGUAUAAAUAAAGUUAGUUUGGUUUAGGUUUCCUCCUGCAGUAACACUGGUUCAAUAAGAGAUGAUCCUCACUGAACCUCUAGGAAGAACAGUUUAGAACUGAUAGAGCUAUCCAGUAUAAAUAAAGUUAGUUUGGUUUAGGUUUCCUCCUGCAGUAACACUGGUUCAAUAAGAGAUGAACCUCACUGAACCUCUAGGAAGAACAGUUUAGAACUGAUAGAACUAUCCAGUAUAAAUAAAGUUAGUUUGGUUUAGGUUUCCUCCUGCAGUAACACUGGAUCAGUAAGAGAUGAUCCUCACUGAACCUCUAGGAAGAACAGUUUAGAACUGAUAGAACUAUCCAGUAUAAAUAAAGUUAGUUUAGUUUAGCUAGGUCACAUACCUCGUGUAGUAACACUGGAUCAAUAAGAGAUGAAUAUUACUAGACCUCUGGGGAGAACAGUUUAGAACUGAUAGAGCUAUCCAAUAUUGGUUAUAAGCUUUAUUUAUCAGGGCACAAAUGCUGGCACUCAAUGGGUUAAAAGAUUAAAUGAUGGGGAUUGAAGUGUUGAACAAGUCUAUGAGGAAAUGAACAAAUAAUAAAAAAAAUGAACAAACAAUAUAUGACAAAAAUGACACCUACAUGUAGUUCAUACCACUGCCUACAUGUGUAUGAUUUUGAAUGCCAUUAUAAAUGCCAUUCCAUGCAUUAUAAAUACCAUCCCAUAUUUAAUAUUAUUUUAUUGUUUUAUUAUAAAGUAGCAUAUGAUGUUGAAUUCAAAACUUCUGGUUAUUUCUGGACCAAGUGGUUCUGGCAAGUCAACAUUGCUAAAGAAAUUGUUUAAAGAAUAUCCAAAUAAAUGCGGAUUUUCUGUUUCUCGUGAGUACCUGAUGAUUAUAUAAUCUUUGACUGAUGUAAUAGUCAUUCUUUCAUGAAUUGUUGGAACAACAUUACAACAAGAAUGAUUAAAUAACUGUAUGACAAUAAUUGGAAAGCUUUGGAUUGAUAGAGAUGCAACUACCUGAAAAAUACAAGGAGAACAUCGAUGUUUUGAGCGAAGGCCCUUCGUCGGGACGUCAACACAUGAAGCUUUCUUAUUAUUGGUACCUACAAUAGCCAGUUGAAGAUGACAAUAACUGGCACAAUAAUAUAAGAUUUAAUAAAAGGAGUCGUUCUCUGACCAAAAAAAAAUUUAUUUUGACAAGCUUUUGACCUUGUCAAAAUAAUUUUUUUUUGUCAGAGAACGACUUCUAUUAUGCCUUUACCUGAUCAUGUUUCAUCCAUGUUUAUUAUAUUUAAGUUGGGUAACUACAUUUUUGUGUGUUUUAGAUACAACCCGUAAUCCUAGACCUGGUGAGGUUGAUGGAAAAGGUCAGUUGACAAACAGACAGCUAGACUGUGACAGAUAGACCAACAUACAGACAAACAGACAGGUAGACUAUGACAGACAGAUAUGCAGGCAGACACACAAACAGACAGCUAGACUGAGACUGACAGACAGACUGACAUACAGACAUACAGACAGUUAGAUUGAGACUGACAGACACAUCAACAUACAGACAAACAGACAGGUAGACUGACAUACAGACAGUUAGAUUGAGACUGACAGACACAUCAACAUACAGACAAACAGACAGGUAGACUGUGACAGACACAUCAACAUACAGACAAACAGACAGGUAGACUGUGACAGACAGAUAUGCAGGCAGACAGACAAACAGACAGACAGACAGCUAGAUUGAGACAGAUGGACUGACACAGACACUGUCAGGGACUGAGAUGGACAGACAGACAAACAGACAUGCUGAUGAAAAUUAAAUCAUAUGAAACACAAACAAAAAGUUGCUUGACAAACCUUGAUAGUUUUAUGGGGCAAAAACAAAAUAUUUUAAUUUCUAUAAAAUACAGAUUACUAUUUUUUCAAACGUGAUGUAAUGGAAAAAGCAAUAGCAAAUGGUGAAUUUCUGGAACAUGCAGAAUAUUCAAGGAACCUGUAUGGAACCAGGUAUAUAAACAAUGAUUUAUUUUGUCAUGACUCUGAAAUAUUAUGUGAAUCAUUCACUGAAAAAGCUGUUGUUUCUUUGCAGCAAGAAAGCUGUAAAAGAUGUAACUGAUCAAGGCAAAAUUUGUAUUUUAGAUGUUGAUAGACAGGUAUCGAACUCUUUUGUACUGAAUUAUUUGGAGUCAUUAGUCAUGCAUACACCUGGCUUUUCAAAUUUUGAUUAGCAAUGAAAUUAUGUCUCUGCUACUGAAAUGUAAUCAACUAGCAGGGCAAGUUUUGAUGCAUCCAGCAAAUUCGCUCCCUUUGUCUUUGUUAUGGCAAUUUAAACCUUGCCCGCGUGGCAGGCUAAUUUAAACCUUGCCCGUGUGGCAGGCUAAUUUAAACCUUGCUAUUGUUUUCAGGGUGUAUUAAAUGUGAAGAGCACAAAUAUAAACAGUUUCUUCUUGUUUGUAAAACCACCUUCAAUGGAUGAACUCGUAAGUCUAACUUUUAUGACCAUCACUUGUAGUGCCGUGGUGGAUUUAAUUCUUGGUUGGACCUCUACUCAAGGUCUUAAAAUAAUUGAGGAGAAAGUGUUACCUUUACAUUAAACAUCAGUAAAUGGUUAGACUUUCACAUCUUCUCGGAUAAGGACGUUAAAAUCGUACGUUCUUUAUUUCAUAAACAGGAGGAGAGGUUACGGAAUCGUGGAACAGAAACGGAGGAAUCCCUACAGAGGCGGCUUAACAUCGCUAGAUUCGACAUGGAGUAUGGUAUGGAGGGGUUUUUAUUAUACAUUGGUUCACUGAAAAGUGGGGGCUUAACCCCCCCACAAUAAUAAUAAUACACACACACACACACACACACACACACACACACCCGCCGCCAUGUCCCUGAUGAAAAUACUGUCAGUAGUAAAUGAAAAUCUAUAUUUGUUGAAUUAUUUUCCAAUUGAAACAAUUUUUUUCAGCUGACAAGCCAGAUUCUUAUGACUGUAUUGUGGUGAACGAUGUUUUGGAAGAAUCUUAUAUAAAAUUCAAGGAAGUCAUCAACAGGGUACAUAUAUCGAUAGCUUAUUCUUUUUAUCGUCAUAUAAGCUCAAUGACAUAUUUAAUCCGGGAGAAUUUUUAACAUGCAUUAUUAUUUUUCUUAGGAAAUCUGUCCACUGGAAUGAAAUUCAUCUCAUUCAAUUCAAGACGUAUACAUAUAUAUAUAAUAGUUCGUAGAACGUGCUCGGGUGGAAAUCAUAAUGGACCACGCCAAUUUUAUAGACAAAAUUUCAGCAAUAAUUUGGGUUUUACAAAUGUUGUUUUAUCUCGGAUAUAUCGUGUAUGGCAUUGAAUUUACAGAACUGACAUUGUGAUACCUCACAGGAAUACCUUGCAUGUGGCAUAUAGUCUAUCAAGGUAUGAUGGUCUGGAAACUAUAAAUAUAAGUCAUUGUUUGAUGCUUUUCUGGAAACUAUAAAUAUAAGUCAUUGUUUGAUGCUUUUUUCAUUGUUUGAUGUUUUUUUCAUUGUUUGAUGUGCACCGGCGGUCAUGCACAGUGAUUGGGCUCAUUGUACUUUCAUCUAAUGAAGUAAUUGUCCAAUGGGGAUAGCUGAGCACCGGCGGUCAUGCACAGUGAUUGGGCUCAUUGUACUUUCAUCUAAUGAAGUAAUUGUCCAAUGGGGAUAGCUGAGAUGAAACGUGCAACCACGAUGAAUAAUAUUUAAGAGGCAAUUUUUUUUCAAUAUCACGUAUUUGCAAUGAAAAGUGUUCAAAACCUAAAAUCUUUUUGGCGUCCCUCUCAAAAUUACUUUGUUUUAGCUUUAUUCUCUAGUUUAUACAGUUAGCUACCUUUUUGAGAAACAUAAAUUAAUAGUUAAAAAUUCGUAAUUUAAACACAAUUAUCAAUGCUUUAAAAUUGGUGCCAUAUUUAUAGUCAUAUAAGCAAAACUUACUGAACUUCAGACGUCAUUUUCUCUUUGGCGUAUCAUCUAAAAUCUCUUCAUUUUAGCAUUAUUUUACAGAUAAAGCACUAAACAUACUUUUUAAGUUUGUUUGCCGAUUGAGAAACAUAUCGAAAAAUAAAAAUUUUGAAUUUAGUCAUAACCUCAAGUGAUAUAUUAUACGCAUUAGUUUUGAGCGCGUGUUACGUAACAUACAAAAAAUCUCCACAAAGGAUUUAUGCAUUAGGCGAGGUGCAGUUCAAUAUUAAACAAAGCUGUUUUGUUGCUUUGAAGUUUGCCAGAAUUCCAGACCAUUCUAUCUUGACAGGCUAUGCAUGUGGCUUGCAAUGUACCUUGUGGUCUCUAUUUUCCAUCCUUCAGAACGUGGCCAACGCCUUCAUAUUUAAGAAUUUAAAUGUAGUACUAUUUUAUGCUGUAUAAUUUUAAUAUUUAGUUAUUCUGCCAUCAUCCUAUGAAUAAUUUGAGAAAACAUGGUUGGUUGGAACUACUACAAGUGCUGUAUAAGUUUUAUAUAUUUAAAACACGUGUGCUUUAUCAGAUAUAAACACGAGGCGAUAGGCAAGUGUUUUAUUUAUUUAUUUAACUUUACACGUUACAGCUUUCGACAAUUACAGCGUUCUAGUCGGACAGAUAAAAGGAAUUUGUGGGACAAUUCCAUUUUGCCUUCAUAUUGUGCCCUGAAAGCUAGUUAGUGCGUUUCUGUAUGUUGGCCGCGUUAAAAUUUCUUGUGGGCUCCUGCCGACACGUUUUUCUUCGAAUGUUGUAUUAAACUCUAUUACAGUUAAAAAGUGUGAAAUUUCAAAUACAUUUCUAAUACAAAUGACUUACAUCAUUUUAAACCUUGCAAAAAACUACAUAUAAGACAUUUAAACGGUUACACGGGUUUUUCAAGUUCUUCUUGAGUUAUGAGCUGUUGAAUGCGUGUUUUCAGACUAGUACCCAGGAAUUAUGCGAGAUUUUGGCUUAUUUUUCACAUUUGAAACGGCAAUAACUCGAAAACCGCUUGAAAAUUCCAACUAACCAUUUAAAUGUCUUAUAUGUAGUUUCUUGUUAGCUUUCUAUUGAUGCAAGUCAUUUGUAGUAGAAAUGUAUCAGAAAUUUCAUAUUUUUUAACUGUAAUAGAGUUUAAUACAAAAUUCGGUAGGAGCCCACAAGAAAUUUUAACGCGGCCAACAUACAGAAACGUACUUAUUAGGCAAAAUGGAAUUUUGGUCCUCUAUCUGCCUGACUAUUCCUAUACAUCAUUACAGCGGUCCUGUAAUUGGCGAAGUUUAUGUCUGAUAAAGGAUAAAGCACGGAAUUCAUACCGCAUGCGAGUGUUUUAAAUGGCUUAAGAAACAGCCCAUCUUAUGAAUUUAUUGGCGAAGAAAUUUUAAAAAUCAACCUUGUCCAAGCCGAGAAAAUCAAAGCUGAAGUUUAUGUAAAUUUUUUAUCACAAGUAAAACCACCAACACUGUUGUGAUUUCCAAGUA